UGCUUUGUUACGAGUUUUACUUUAUAUAAAACGCGAAGAGUAUAAAAGAAGUAAUAAACGUCAUUUUUUUGUUUUUAUUUUUAGGGGUAUUGCAAAAGCGGGCGAACCCAACAAUUAUUUACCGAUGUCAGCAGGUUCCAUACAGAUGGAACCGGUCUACACGACCCUGAGAAGAAAGCAGAGAAGGCUCGCGAGAGAAAAUCCAGGAGUGCUGAUGGCGGUGUCAAGGGGUGCGAAUCAAGCUAUCGCCGAAUGCCAGCAUCAGUUUCGCAACCGGCGAUGGAAUUGCUCGACGAAAAAUUUUCUUAGAGGGAAAAAUCUCUUCGGCAAGAUCGUCGACAGAGGAUGUCGAGAGACCGCUUUCAUCUACGCCAUCACGAGCGCGGCGGUGACACACAGUAUCGCGAGGGCAUGUAGCGAGGGCAGCAUUCAAUCGUGUUCCUGCGACUAUACUCACCAAUCACGCGCAUCAUCCGCCGUUCGAGAUUGGGAAUGGGGUGGUUGCUCGGAUAACAUUGGAUAUGGCUUCAAGUUCUCUCGCGAUUUUGUCGAUACUGGCGAACGUGGCCGGAAUCUCCGCGAGAAGAUGAAUCUACAUAAUAACGAAGCCGGCAGAGCACACGUAACUUCGGAGAUGCGUCAGGAAUGCAAGUGCCACGGCAUGUCGGGCUCGUGCACGGUGAAGACCUGCUGGAUGCGGCUGCCGAACUUUCGCGUGGUCGGCGACAACCUGAAGGAUCGCUUCGAUGGGGCCUCACGGGUGAUGGUCAGUAAUUCGGACCGCGCGCGCGUCAACAACAAUGCCAUCACCAGCAACUCGGCGAGCAACUCCGUGCACCAACAUCGCGACGGUCUCGGGCGCCGGCAUCGCUACAACUUCCAGUUGAAGCCGUACAAUCCGGAGCACAAGCCGCCCGGACAGAAGGACCUCGUCUACGUGGAGCCAUCGCCGCCGUUCUGCGAGAAGAAUCCAAAACUCGGCAUCCUGGGCACCCACGGGCGGCAGUGCAACGACACGAGCAUCGGCGUCGACGGCUGCGACCUGAUGUGCUGCGGCAGGGGCCACAAGACGCAGGAGGUGACGGUGAUUGAAAGGUGCUCCUGCACCUUCCACUGGUGCUGCGAGGUCAAGUGCCAGCUGUGCAGGACGAAAAAGACGAUACACACAUGUCUGUGAAGAGGGGGACUUGAUCGCGAGAUAUCACGGAAUCUUGAUAAAUCUUCGAGGCAACCUUCAUGCAGGGUUAAAAACGAUCAAAGUUUCGAACUUUCUCUGUUUUUCGCGGGUAACCCUGGGUAUAAACGGUAUAUUGACAAAUUCGAAGGAUGAGACUACUCUUCUUUUUAGCUCAAAGCACCCUGUGACAGUCUCUUUCGCGGACGACCGACACGCCGGUCUCCGUUUCCGCGAGAGAUUCUGCCGAUGGGUCUUGCCGGACGGGGUCCAAGUCGUCGUGGAGAGUCCCGCGCGUGAACCCCGCGGGACCUCCUCGUCUCCAGUAUUACGCGAAACGAACGGAACUACAUAUAUAUUUAUUACGUCGCGUCGCGCGCGUAUUAAAGACUGAGAUGGUGAGGAGCGUUCGUGCGAUCGUAGGUUUUUAAGGCUUUAAGAUAGGAAGAUUGGGACGCGUGGAUGCGGUGUUAAAUAACCGGUGUUAAACACCAGCGUAACACCGGCUCGCUAUCUCGCUAUUCACCGACGAGGAUCGGAACUUGAUCUGCACCCCUCCCCCCAUAAUAAAGGCUCUGACAUCUCAGCUGUGACAAUGUCAUAUGGUAGAAGAAAAUAAUUUAAGGCUGCCUGCUAUCCGCAUCUCUCAUCCUGUUACCCUGUUCGACAAAAAAUAUUAUCCCCGUUGGGUAAUAUUCGAAUUCAAUUCACUACCAUCUCUACGUGACAUUAAUCAAAAUGGAUUAGCGAACUCGCUUCUCCGCCGUAAAGGACUAUUGAUCACGAUAAGUUAAUCCGAUGUAUAAAGCCUUCAAUUAUUUUAUCCUGCUGCAUAUGAGGACUUCGAUUUAAGUGAUGUUCAUUGGCGACAACGCGAGCGUCGUGGUCUCGCGUAAGCGUUAUUUAUUUUAAUGGUGUCCUUUUUGCCACUUUAGACACUCGCUCCCUCGGGGAAAAACUCGUAUACAGAUCGCAUACUUGUAUAUAAAUAAAUUAUAGCGAUGUAUUUUGCAACAAUGUGCGAGCCAAUCGGUGGCCAAUAUAUAUUUCUCCGUAAGAAACUAUUGUAAAUACAAAGCAGGCUUUCACACGCGCGACGAAGACAAAGCCCCACGUUGGGAGUGGUAAAUUAUUUUUAUAUCUUUUUCAUGUAUCCCUCUCUCGUUUUCUCUUUUUUCUUUAUCGAGUACCGGGAUAUUGAAAAUCCCGCGGGUUUAAAAAUAUCUUUUUUUACAAAUGCUGGAUAAAGAGAUUACUCUUCGAAAUGAGAAAAUUCCAAUAAAUAAGGUAAUUCCAAUGUUGUGCAUAAUAGAUGUAUUAAUU